AUGCUUACUCUCGCGGCUCUCUCCCUCCUCUCUGUGGCUACGGCCCAGAAGGUCGGAUCUGACACUCCCGAAGUCCAUCCUUCCAUGACCUGGACCCAGUGCACUGGCUCUGGCUGCCAGCAGGUCGACGGCGAGGUCGUCAUCGACGCCAACUGGCGUUGGAUUCAUGACAGCAGCCUCGCGAACUGCUACGACGGAAACGAGUGGACUGGAGUCUGCACCAGCAACACCGAAUGUGCUGAGGAGUGCGCUCUGGAGGGUGCCAACUACGGCAGCACCUACGGCGCCAGCACCAGCGGCGACGCUCUCACUCUUGACUUUGUCACCACGCACGCCUAUGGCACCAACAUUGGAUCUCGUCUCUACCUGAUGCAGGACACCGACACAUACCAGAUGUUCAACCUCCUUGGCAAUGAGCUCUCCUUUGACGUCGACCUUUCCACUGUCCCCUGCGGCAUGAACAGCGCUCUGUACUUUGUCGCCAUGGAGGCCGACGGCGGCAUGAGCAGCUACCCCGUCAAUGAGGCUGGCGCCAAGUACGGUACCGGCUACUGCGACGCCCAGUGCGCCCGUGAUCUCAAGUUCAUCGGCGGCCAGGGCAACUACGACGGCUGGAUGGCGUCCGAUACCGACGCCAACAGCGGUGUUGGUGAGCUUGGCGCUUGCUGCGCUGAGAUUGAUAUUUGGGAAUCCAACUCUCACUCCUACGCCCUGACCCCCCACUCUUGCGAGACUGGUUUCAACGAAUACCAUGUUUGCGAGACUACCUCGUGCGGUGGUACCUACUCUGACGAUCGUUACGGUGGCAAGUGUGAUGCCGACGGCUGCGACUACAACCCCUACCGCCUCGGCCGCACCGGCUUCUACGGUGAGGGCAAGAGUGUCGACACUAGCCAGCCCUUCACAAGCGUUGUUACACAGUUUGAGCUCAACGGCAAUAUGCGUCAGUUCUUCGUCCAGAACGACAACACCGUUGAGGUCCCGACACCGGCUUUCGACGGUCUCCCCGACAGCAAUGAAAUUAACGCUGACUUCUGCGACAACGUCUACGACGUCUUUGAUACCCGCUCUCGCUACGAGGAACUCGGUGGCUGGAGCGCUAUGCAAGAGGCUCUCGCGACGCCUUUGGUCCUGGUCAUGUCUAUCUGGGCUGACAACUACGCCAACAUGCUCUGGCUCGACGGCCUCUACCCCCGUGAUAGUGACCCGAGCCAGCCUGGCAACCUCCGCGGCGACUGUCCCGCCGACUCCGGCGUUCCUUCUGAGGUCAUUGCCAACUAUCCCGACAGCUACGUGACCUGGUCCAACAUCAAGUUCGGCCCCAUUGGCUCCACUACCGACGACGACUCCAACCCCCCGCCCUCGUCGACUACGACCGCCUCGACUACCUCGACCACGACCACCUCUGAGGGCUCUGGGCCCACCAACCCCCCUGGCGGCUGCACGACUCCCCAGUGGGCUCAGUGCGGCGGCAACGGCUUCAGUGGCUGCACCACCUGCGCCUCUGGCACUACUUGCAACUACAUCAACGACUGGUACAGCCAGUGCUACUAA